CUGCAAAGGAUAUUGCUCUUGUUCAAACAAAAGAAAUUUCAAUGCGGCCAGAUGAUGCCAACAGAGUAUUUAAGGAGAAAGCAGCAGAUUUUAUUCCACUGCUUCAACAAGGCCCAGUUGUUGCUUUGGAAUUUGAUGGCGAUGGUGCAGUGGAGGCGUGUCAGAAUACAGUCAAUUCUGUGUUCAGUGCUUCGAAGGUCUUUGUUUCUGAAAGCAAGUCUUCAGCAUCUCAAGAUGUGGACAAUUUCUAUAACUAUGCUGAUAUGCAGAUGGGAAUGUGAAAAUGAAUAAUUGCAAUAUGUGAAUAUCUAACCGACCUAUGGUUAUGUUUCCAAAUAAGUAGAACUUUUGAGAUUGGACUACUGGAAAUAGGCAGUAUUUUGAAGCAUGAUUGGUUCUAGUUAAGAUUGAACAUCUCAAAUGUAACAUUGUUCCAACCGUCUUUGAAGUAAUGUUAGUCUAAUAUAUAACCAAAGCAUUUUCAGCAGUUUUGUACAACUCUUUUAAAAUCUUUGUUUUAUUCUUUUGGUCUGUUCCACUGAAAAUAAUUUUAAAAAGCAAAGAAUCCUUUGAAAGGAAGCAACAAGUUUCUGCAGAACUUUUUAUUUGACAUAAUCACAGAAUACUACAACACAGAACUGGCCAAAUUGUUGGUUUAAUGAUUCUGACCUUCAUAACUCUACCUAUUAACUCCUGAUUUGUUUUCUCCUUUUGGCUAUUUUUUCCAUGCAACCAAAAACCUGAGUUUCACUUCCUCCUGCACCACUACCACCCCCCCCCCCCCCCCCCCCCCCCCCCCCCCCC